AGCUACCGACAAGCCGGCUCAAUAGCCAUGGAGACCCUCCACCGAUUGUCCCUCCGUCUUAUCCCGGUAUCUCUGGUCGGCAAAUGUCUGACGCCCACCCCACUGCCUCCGAUAUCUCGUUCAUUUAGAAUGCCCAUGUCCAAACCCGAAUUCAUAACCUCAAACUUCUCAUUCAUUGCCCGGAAGUCUAUCUCUUCCUCUACAGUUGCCAAAUCGGGUUGGCUUCUGGGUCUUGGACAGAAGAAAAGAACGAGCUUGCAGGAUAUAGUUAAAGCAGGUGAUCCGGUUUUGCAUGAACAGGCUCGAGAAGUUGACCCGGAGGAAAUCGGAUCGGAAACGAUACAGAAGAUAAUUGAUGAUAUGGUUAAGACUAUGAGGAUGGCUCCUGGUGUUGGAUUAGCUGCCCCUCAAAUUGGGAUCCCAUUACGGAUCAUAGUUUUGGAAGAUACAAAAGAAUAUAUUGGUUAUGCACCCAAGGAAGAGACUAAAGCACAGGAUAGGCGCCCUUUUGAUCUUCUGGUGAUCCUGAACCCAAAGCUUAAAAAGAAAAGCAACAGAACUGCAUUCUUUUUUGAAGGUUGUCUGAGUGUUGAUGGAUUCAGGGCAGUGGUGGAGCGAUAUCUUGAUGUUGAGGUUACAGGUUUGAGUCGUUAUGGCCAGCCCAUCAAGGUAGAGGCUUCAGGUUGGCAGGCCCGUAUCUUACAGCACGAGUGUGAUCAUUUGGAUGGAACUCUUUAUGUUGAUAAGAUGGUCCCAAAAACAUUUAGAGCUGUAGAAAAUUUGGACUUGCCUCUCGCUGAGGGGUGCCCUAAGCUUGGUAACCGCUAGUUCGUGCGAAGUCAUGAAGAUGGUGGAAAAAUGCAAAACAGGGGGUUUAAAAUCCACUUCACAUGGAAACUGGCUCAAGUAUGUUUCUUUAUCCGGUCUGUCGUAGAAAUUUUCUCUCCCCUGUUUUCAUAUAUUUUUGCUUCUUGGAAAAGGGCAGAGAAACAAGUUGGUGUGCAUUACAUCAUGAUUCAAAACAGUUUUCUCCGUUUCUUUUUUCAGCUAGUAAGUUACAUAACUUUGUUUCCUUUUAAAGCAUUGAUUUAUGGUAAUUUUGAUUUAAUUUUCCA